GCCGGAACACACCAAAGAGUACAGCACAAUGAAUGACGUAACGAAGCGCAGCAAUUUAUCCCACCGAGGGCAUUGUUGUCGUCUAUUUGACGCCUUUGGUGUUCUAGAAAUUAGAAAUCAAAAAAAUGGCACACAACGGCUCCAGAUUCAAGCCACCUCUACCCCCAUGGAGCCCUACACCUCCACGGGAUACGUCGAUUUCUCCUGCUGAGAAUUCCAGCCAACUUUCCUACUUUCCGUCGCCGCCGUCAGGACCUCAUGCUCACCAAGGGAUGCCUCCCGCAUCGUAUCCUGCCCCUCGAAGUCCCGACAUUAUCCCAAUAGUGAGCGAUGUAGUUCCGCUGGUUCCUACAAGACAACAUGGGCUCCAUGGGGAUCACCGGAAAUCGCCCGGAUCCGGUGUACCUGCAGUCAGCUCAUCAUCGGGCCUCGCCCCGCCAAACUUGAGCGGAAUAUCCUACGUGAGUUUCCCACCGCCGCCGCCAUCUCCAAAUCAAUCUGGCUCCGGGACUCCUGAUUCCCAGAGAUUUCCUUUACCACCGAGGCCCAACGCCUAUCUCGGCUUAUCUGGUGUUAAGUCGCCUCAGGGUAAUUAUCCCACGCCGCCUCCCUUGAGUCCAGGGGCCCAGAGUCCAUACAAACUAACGUCCUUUCCUCCUCCUCCUCCUUCUCCUCCUGGACCGCCAGCACCCGGUAGUCGUGUGCCUUCUCGCACAAGCGCAUAUAAUAGCCACCCAGGUCCCCCCUCACGCCCAACUGCCUGUCCCAUCCCCGCUGGGCUAUCAUACAAGCCAAGAGCAUCUUACACGCCAGACCCGAAAACAGACCCGGAAAUCCCAAGCUCCCCACCCCCGGCUUACAAGCCUCUCCGGGAGUCUCUAAACUCACACUCCCCUUCGCCUGCUGCGUUUGUAUCCACAUUGUCGGAAAAGGGUCAAGCAUCCAGCCCGCUGGCCACAGCCUCGAGGCACACGUCGCCGCUACCUUCACCUCCUCCGGCAGCGUCUCCCCCUGCUGGGAGCGGGUCAGUCGCAGAGACUCACCAAGGGGCAUCACGCUGGGCAUCAAUUUUGUCUUCGCCAAGUUCAAUAGUCUGCUCAAUACCUUCAAAUGGCCAAGUCUCAAAUCCUGCAUCGCAAAAUGAGCUCUCUUUCUUCCCACCGCCACCGCCAGAAGCCGAGAUCGACGAGAUGUUUCAGGCAAUGCAUCUUAAAUCCGAAACAAAAAGGGUUGAAUUUUCGUCUCUUGCUGUCGAGCAAUGGUCAGAUGGAGCUUCGUAUUUAACCGGAAUGGACAUUGCCCCUUCGAGAGUCUCAGCCCCAGCGUCAACUCCGCAUCGUCCUCCAAAGCUUCCAGUACCAGAAGGGUUAGUAUCAUUUCCUCCUGCUACUCCCGGAACGCCACCGUCGGCCGUGACUUCGUGUAUUGAUACCGUUGUGACCUUCGCGACGACCUGGUACUGGCACUCCGCAGCCCCUGGUUUUCUCAUAUGCUCCCGCUGCUAUGCCGACUACAUUUGGUGUAGUCCCUUUCGCUCCGAGUUUUCGUCAUCAUGUCCUAUCGAUGGAAAGCCGCGAGUUUGCCGAUUCAGUCGUCCACAGAUGAGGGAUCAUCUCUUCAUAUCCUCUAUUGAAUCAAUGUCUCUUGAGCAAGCCUUGGGCUGGAUGCGUAGACGUGCCACCAUACCAGACUGUAAGGGUGAAGCUGGGGUCGAAGGGGAUGCAAAUGUCAGGUUGUAUAAGCCGCGGUAUCCCGAUGACAUACCGGGAUUCGUGGUUUGCCGUGCUUGUUAUGAGGAUCGCAUUCUUACAAAUGAGCUUAACGCCUUCUUCGAACCCUCGCCAUCCCAGCCUAGUGCCAGUUUGUGGGCUUGCGCCAUGGCUGUACCGUAUAUACAGAAGGAGUACGAGGAGAAGGGCAAGACUUAUAUCAAUGCCUGGCCCCAAUUUGCGAUUGAGGCAAGAGGGCGUCUGAUUAUUCCACCUUGUCCAGGCCGCGGCAAAGCCUUGACACAUGGGAAGAGGUGGUUCGUCCCCAAGGAAGGACCGCAGGGCAUCGUAUUCUGUCAUGCGUGCUACUGCGAUCAAGUGGUCCACACCGGUCAAGAAUCCAACUGGAGGGAAGCAGUCGAGCUUACCAAGCUCUUCUCCAACCAUGUUCGCUGCGCAAUGGGGCAGUUUAAUAUCAAGAUCACGAUGGCACGAAGGACUGACACUAAAGACUACUCCGUCUUCUGGGCGGUUGUCAAUAAAGUAGUUAAGGAGAAGAUGUGCGAUGAUACGGGGAUCCUCAAUGGAGAAUGGUACACAUUUCCUUCCAACCCGGCCGAGUUCGGUAUUUGCAAAGCCUGUUACAUCGCCAUCGCCGGAUCACUCAACGUCGCGGGCUUCUUCGUGCCGAAGCUAGGCAUACCACCCAAUACGACCCUGCUCUGCUGUUUCAACCUCUUGCAUCCGAGACUGAAGAGCUACAUGCCCAAGCUGUUGGAGAUGUAUUUCACCCGAGACCCGACAUCCUUUGAAAAGUACGCCUCGACAUACGCCGCCAUCCCGCCCUGCCCCCAUGACACCGCCGCUAAGAGCGUGCGCUGGUACGGCUGGCGCGAGUGCACCAUCUGUCCAUAAUGCCAUCACGACUUCGCCCUCCCACAGAACUCAACCCUCUCAUCGCAAAUGACGCACCGCAACAAUCCCCUAACCAACGACUCAGUCGUGUGCGAACUCUAUAGCCCACGCAUGCGCAAACUCUACCAGGAAUGCUCCUCCAACCCCGAGGUCCUGCUACAAAACUCACUGCGCCGGCGACAGGUCUAUUUCAAGACCAUGCCGCAGAUCCGCAUGAUGCUGCUUCAGCAGCAGCAGGCGCUCAAACAGCAGAAGGUGUUGAAUACUAUGAGCUCGCAUUAUAAUGUCAGCAGGAAGAUGCAGCAGCUUGUGUAUAGAACACCAGCGGCAUAUACGUAUGGUGCACCCGGGGUCGGAUAGGGGUCGGGUACGGGUUUGCGAAUAGGGAUUUUUGCAGGGCGGCGGGGGUUGCGGGGGCGAAGGAGGCAGUUGGGAUGGUGGGGGUGUUAGACAAGAGCUGGAGGGCGGUUGAGUA